AUGCAUACCGUUUUGCUCAGCCCAGGCGCUCUCACACAGUACGGCAAUGGCAAGGGCAAGGGCAAGGAGCGCGACCUCGACGGCGACUCCGUGACCGACCACUCUUCAUCUCCGUCUCUCUCUUCUCCUUACGCUCAUUCCGACAAACAAUCCUUCGUCUCGGCACGGGUCUCGGAGUCGCGUGGUUUCAAUAAGCUGUCGCGCCGGGUCGCCUCUUCGACCUCCAUAUCACUUGCGCGCCAUGCGGAGACCGUCAGCGAGCAGGCCGCCCCUCGGUCGUCGACGGAUGUAGUAACGAUAACACUGGCGCAACGGCUGAACGGGUUGGCCACCGCCAACUCGGAGGGUCUGCUCAGUGAUGAUGAAUACCGUCUCCUACGGCAAAACCUCUUCGAAAGGUUCGCCAGUAACUCUCAAAUCCCCACAGAGGCGCCCCUCGUACCCAUAUCUAGCGGUGGUCAUGGCGCUGGCGGUAGCCGCAUAUCCAUCUCCUCCACCAACGACCGCCGACCUUCUUCUCAGUUCUAUGUACAGUCAUCUCGGGCCUCGUCUGUUCAGUCGAAGACCUCGCUCACCUCCAGUAUCGGCGGGUUCCUCAAGCGCGCGACGAGCAGAAGCAGACGUGUCGUGUCUUCUCCCUCUGACCUUGGCAAUGGCGAUACGGCCAGCGUAUACUCCACGGGUUCUAACGCCGACCGGGCGCGCAGUCUCACGUCUCGAGCAAGCGAGUCAUCGUUCAGGAGCGGCCUCGAUCGUACGCGUACCCCGCAACUCCGUCCCAUCCUCACUCAGUCUGAUCCCGGCGGCUCCAACCUGCGUCCGUCCAGAGGCAGGAAGCGGUCUGGCUCGUCUGCCCCACCGUCGGCCUUCCCCGGGGCAGCGUCCGUGUUCGAGCCGACCAGCCCUGCACUGCUCGGAGAGUCAUUGCCUAACGACGACGACUUGGAGUCGGCGAAGGAUAUCCGCCAUCAGAUAGAACUCGUUGAAGCAGAAGGGAGACGACUGCUGGACGCGUUCAAUGGCCUGGAGCUGAGCACUCUGACGAAGCGGCACAAGCGCCCUCAUUUGCGGCCUCCCAUCCCGCUGAGCCCCUCCGUAGACACCACGUCCAUACACACGAACGACGCGCGCUCGCUACAUACAUCGAGGGACAUGGACACAGUCUCGUUCAAGUCUGGCGGGUCGGGCGCGCGGACGCCCUCGGUCCAACGCUCCCCCUCGGGCCACCGGAAGAUGCACACGUCGACGUCGACGUCCUCCACGACGCUCAUCUCCCAACAAGCAAAACCCGUGAGCCGCAAAGGCUCCAUCUCCUCGAUGUCCUCGCGCGGCCGGACGGGGCUCAGCAACUACCCCGGGCUGUCCGCGCACUACGGCAUGGCGAGCAGCUCCAGCGUCAACCUCGCCCGGAGCGCGAGCCAUCUCCCGCUCGCGACCGUCGCCGAGACGGAGGGCCCCAGCGGCCACCGCAAGUCGUCCACGGAGGAGUCGCGCUGGGCGGGCGCGACGCUCGCGGCGGACGUGCCGCCGCUGCCCGGGCGCGGGACCAAGAACCCCGUGCACACGGAGGACGAGGAAAUCCGCGCGAUGGAGAUGGAGCUCACGGACAUCCGCCGACGGCGCGCGGAGGUCACGGCGCGGUACGAGGGGCGCCUCGAGUACCUGCGCGCGAGGCUCAAGGGCGCGGAGCUUCGUGAGAAGGUGAUGAGGAAGUGAUCCCAAUCCCCAGUCAGUGGUUGGUGAUGCUGCCUUGACACCGAUGGUGCCGCGUCCGUUACCACAUUGCAUAGCAUACGCCUGGGCCCGAUGCCUGCAUACGUCUCUUCGUUACGAUGAUAUAUGGCCCGAGAUUUGGUUUCCCUCGUAGCAUUGCUGUCCGUACUAUUACGAUACCCCACCUAGUACCCGCAUCGCGAACUGUGCUAUGGCCUCCCCGACUGCCCAGUGUCCCCUGGCUCCAGCGAGGUGUAUAUC